CAAAAUAAUAUGCUCUAAGACUUAGUUUGAUAUUGAGAUAAUCUUAUACUGAUAGAUAAAAUGAAAUCGGCAAAAAAAUAUGUAACGAUAUGUUUCUGCGUUUUUCGAUGGGAUAAUAGAAAAUAAAUAAUAACUGGCUUAUCCCGAACAUAAUAUUACAUGCGAAAAUAAAUAAAAUAUUUUUUUUGCCGUACUUUCUAACAUCACCUUACGCAAUCUGUUCAUAAUUUCAAACUAAAACCAAGUGUCAUAUCAAGUUCUAGCAUUAUUAACUGCGUUAGGAAGUAGGUAGGUGUGAAAGUAAUAAUAAUAAUAAUAAUAAUAAAAGAAAAAAACAAAAAACCCACGGAAUCCGCGUGUUGGCCUCUUCUCCCUCUUCUCCCUCUCCCUCUCCCUCGUUAUCUUCGUCACGGUCACCGUCACCAUCACCGUCAAAUCGCUGGCGUAGAAGCGAUGAUGCUCUCCCUUUCGCCGUGGUCGAUAUGGAGCGGGGGCAAGGGGGCGACCCUGACGGCGGUGACGGCGCCGUUAGCGAGGACGGUGGUGAGGGGCUCGCUGGGGAGGAUCCUGACGGCGAUCCGGCCCCCGCCGUCGCGGCCGUGCGGAUCGGACGGCGGGCCGCCCGUCACGGCGCCGAGGGUGCGGCUAUCGGACGGCCGGCAUUUGGCCUACGCGGAGUCCGGCGUCGCCAAGCACGACGCCAGGGUCAAGAUCGUCUUCUCCCACGGCUUCACCAGCUCCCGCUUGGCCACGCUCCGCGCCUCCCCGGAAUUAGUUGAAGAACUUGGUGUGUACAUGGUCGGGUUCGAUCGAGCUGGAUACGGUGAGAGCGAUGCGAAUCCGAACCGUUCUGUAAGGAGCGCAGCAUCGGAUCUGACGGAGCUUGCUGAUGCAUUGGAUUUGGGCCCGAAGUUUUACUUGGUCGGGUUCUCGUUAGGAAACCAUGCUGUUUGGGGUGCGCUAAAGUACUUUCCCGAAAGGAUUGCUGGGGCGGCGCUUCUUGCACCUGUGAUAAACUACAGGUGGCCCGGGUUCCCCAGAGACCUCGCGGAUGAAGCUUAUAGCAAACAAGAGCUCGGAGAUCAAUGGGCAUUGCGUGUCUCGUACUACGCCCCUUCGAUACUCCAUUGGUGGAUGGAGCAAAGCUGGUUGCCUACUUCAACCGCCGUCAAAGGCACGACUUACCUGCCCAACAAACUGGACCAAGAGCUUCGCACUCGAUCCGUCGCCGACGGAUCGUUCGACAAGAGGAGGCAAUUGGCCACACAGCAAGGCAUUUACGAGUCGUUCUACCGGGACAUGAAGGUGAUGUUCGGGAAGUGGGACUUCGACCCGAUGGAUCUCUCCCCCCCGCCGUUCCCUGUCCACGUAUGGCAAGGCGACGAGGACGGGCUCGUGCCGGUCGUGUUGCAACGACACAUUGCGAGCCGCCACAGCUGGAUUAAUUACCACGAACUCCCUGGGACCGGGCAUUUCCUGACAUCUGUUCCCGGUUUAGGAGAUAAAGUCCUCAAAGCAUUGUUUUCGCACCCUCCUUCGGAAUGAAGGAUGAUCAGUUCCUGCAAACAUCACAGGAAUUGGUGUUCAUUAUUUAUAUAGUGCAAAUUAGGUGUAGGAUUUAUGCAGGGAUACAUCCUAAAUGAACUUGAGGGUUGUAGUUGUACUUGGAUUGUUAAAUUAUACAAUGGAUUACCAUGUGUAAAUUUUUAUUUCCUUUGAACUAAGACACACUAUUCCAAUUCAAUUACCAAUUCUUUUUUUUUUU